AUGGCCGCGCUCGGCGCUCGCCUCGUGGCCCUGUCGCAGCUGCUGGCCGCCUCCGCCCUCGGCAUCCAGACCAGGUCCGCCAGCGAGGCCAUCAUGGGCGUAGACGAGCAGUUGGACAGGAAGGCCAGCCUGGGCGUGAUGAACAGGGCGGGCGUCACUCAGUAUCGCGGCCACGCGUUCCACGCGCUCAAGGGGGCCAAGAGGGCGGACGGUAAGUUCUUCUGGCCCGACGCAGCCAACCGCGAGGAGCAGGGUUACUCUGGCGCGAUGGACCUCACGGACAACGUCUCCUGGGGCUGGCACCACCCGAGCGGCAUCUACAACACCAUCCCGGUCGGCAGUCCCCUCAUCGACGACCAGCUGAACAUCUACAUGGGGGCGGACGACGCCAUCCGGAAGUUCGACAUCACGGGCGAGAUCAAAUGGAGUUACGCACCCCGAGGUCAGCUCGCAGCAGCGCCCACUCUUGUCGCCGCCAGCAGCAGGCGCCAGGCGGCCCGUCUGAAUAGCGACCUGAACGCGGAGGAGGAGGACAUGCUGCGGCCUGACUGGGCCAAGGACAACGCAACUUCUGUCCGCGUCUUCAAGGACUUCAUGGUCGGUGACGUCGUCAAGGUUAAGCCCGGCUUGAGCUACCGGGCAGACGGCAAAGAAUUUUACAGGGAAGGCGACCAGGGGUUCAUCACCGCUUUUGCCCCGGGAGAUGGCAAGGACAUGAGGGCUGUCAUCCAAUGGACGCGUACGGGCCAUAAGAGUGCGCUUGAUCUCCACUCUAUCAAGAACCGCUUCGUGCGCGUGCAGUCGAUGAAUGCGGAUGCCUCGUUGCCUCCCAUGCUCGUGGGUAGCACCACCUCCGGCUACGUGUUCGCCAUCGACCUCGAGAAUGGAGAGGAGCUCUGGGCAACCUGGGCCUCGAACGAUAUUGCUGGUGUCAAGGGGGCUGUGGCAGCCAAGGAUGGAAUCGUAGUGGUCGCAACCGACCGAUGCACUGACAGGUACUGCUACAGGUACCGCAACCAGACCAAUCCCCUCACGCCGGGUAAUUCCAUGGUGCGGGGCUUGAGUGCUGCGGAUGGCAGCGCCGUAUGGGAAUUCAAAACUAUGGCGCCUGUGUGGAACAUGGUCCCGCUCUGGGGCCAGGACUCCAACGUGAUGUUCCAGGAUGGGGAGGGCAGGAUGUACUCCCUGGACUUGCAGACUGGUGCCUUAAAUUGGAAGGCAGGUGGCGACAUCGGGACGUACACCAACGCAGCCGCCGCAUAUAGCUCUGGGCACAACGCCGUGUUCGCCCUCGGCGUGGGCUACUACGAUCAAGGCAUUCGCCCUGGUCACACUAACAAGCACUGCAACCCUUAUGUGGCACCGGGCAUCCUGGUGAAUUGCUUUACUUGGCCAGGAGCAAGAGGCUGGGUCCGCGGCUACAACGCCACGUCCGGAAGGAAACUUUGGGAGCAGACAACGCCAGAGCCGCCAGCCAGCGCCGCUGUCCUCAUGCUCAACAGUCCAAGUCUUCACACCCGCUUGGUGGUCACGAUGGGUUACAACUGCUGGCACAACUCCCCCACGCAGAUCUGGUCUCUCGACCCGCAUAACGGCCACAUCCGCUGGCUCAGGGAUGGCCCGACGCUGUGGUCUGGCCAGUGUGCCGGCGACAGGGACGGCGCCGACAUCCGCAGGGCUAUGGGCGGCCGGGCUGAGUGCCAUCCGAACAGCUGGUCUACACCGGUGGCCGAUUCGAACGGCGACUUGUACGUUGGCAACCAGGUCGGCGAGCUGCAAAAGUGGGGCUCGCCGACCGGGCUGACAAGGGACGUCCAGCUGCUCUCGACGUUGACCACAGGCCACGCCUUCCAGGAUGCGGCCAUCGCGUUCGGCAACGGUGUCAUGGCCAUCUCCACGUGCACGUCCCUCAUCGUCUUGCAGACUCCCGCAAACUACUUUGCGAACGAGACUUGGACAGUCACGGCUGCACCGAACGUGGACGGCAUGCCUGGGGCACCGAACGUCGACGGCCUGCCUGAAGGCUUCAUUCCCAGUGAGUGGCGCGUGAACAAAGGUGACGCGUGA